AUGCCCAUCUUCGACAACAAAAAUGACGAGAAGGUGCUCAAGGCCAUGAAGUCAGGGGACCUACUCCAUUACGACUAUCGCCAUGUAGAAAAGCAUGGCUGCAGUAGGGCCAAGCUUGGCGACACGUUCUCCGUGGUGCAGUGGAAUAUCGAGCGCGGCGUCAAGCUGGAUGCUAUUAUCGCGGACUUGAAGGCGCUUCACGCUGACUUCAUUGUGCUGCAGGAGCUCGACACCAACUGUCGCCGCUCCAACUACGCAAAUAUGCCAAAAGAAAUAGCCAAGGCCCUGGAAGCCGACCUGUACUUCGUGUGCGAAUUCCAGGAGCUGGACUCAAGCCUACGGAGCCCUGUGAACGCCGUCGGUCCGCGUUCGCAGCCGGCGCUGGAGUUGGAGACGCCACCAAACUCUGGAGAAAACGAAGGCAGCACCCACAAGCCGGUCAAGAGCUACCACCUCCACGGCAACGCAAUCCUCAGUCGCCAUGUCACGCUGCGCGAGCCGACCGUAAUUCCGCUCACCAGCCCCUUCUUGUGGGAAGAGGCGGGUGAUCGGCGCAAAGAGCCGCGCAAAGGGUUUCGCGGUGCCCUGCGUGUCCGCGUCGACGCGGUAGACCGCACCUCGGCCCAUAUGGCGCCACUGUACAUCUACUGCUGCCAUUUUGAAGUGUUUUGCGGGGCCCUCGCGCGUGUGAGGCAGCUGGCGGACUGUAUGGCGGACAUGCAGCACAUCACGCACGUGUCAACGGCGUUGAACGGGGCGCGUUCGAGGCAGCCAGCCUUCCUUCUCGCCGGGGACUUAAACACCACAGCACACGGUAUUGUGCGCUUAAGUCGGCACUACGCAACCGAUCGACUCCGUUGGCUCAGCUUUGGCGAGGUCGAGGCGUGCUGGCUGCAGCGCAAGGUGUUAGGACGCAACAUGCAGCACCUACAGGCCAGCUGCUGCCCUCUUUCGUACCACUUCCUGGCAGUCGCCGCCUCGCGUGUGCACCAGUUCUUGUGCAACAACUCACUGGUAUGGCAAUACGUUUACGGCUUCACAAAAUCGGAGCAGGAUCGCAUGUCCAAUGUGCAACUGUGUCUGUACGACCCGUCUGACAAGGUCACCUCCAUUACGCUAGACCACCCAGACUACUACGGCUUCGCACGUGGAAAGCUGGACUGGAUACUGCUGAGCAAUCUGCAGCCGCGCCCGUUCCGCACCGCCCGCAACGGGGCUGAGCCGAUCGACAUCGCUGUCCUGGAGAAGAACGGCAGCAUCUCCACCGCCUCGUACGCCGCCCGCUACCUCCACUCCAUCUACGACGGCUCACACGACAAGGCGCGCGAGGCAUCGGCGCAGUCUCAUGAAGCCUCAGCGAAGUACGUGCCGAAGGACGGCUACCUUCUCUUCAAUGAAAACUACACCGCCAGCGAUCACCGCGGGCUCGUCAUGACAGUGCGACAAAACAAUGGGCGACCACAAGACGUCUACCCGUCUCAAGGCGCCACGUACACAGCCGACUGGGCAGCGGUCGGCUUCUUCAUCCUGACACGUGCGCUGCCCGUCGCCGCAGUCGCGCUGGGGCUCUAUCACAAGUACAAGAUGUUGCGCUGA